AUGAUGGGAAUCUUAAGCUUACUUGGCCUUGAUCUGGAUCCAAUAACGAUGAUUACUGCAAUAAUUGCUGUUGGAUUCAGUGUCGAUUUUACGGCUCAUGCAUGCUAUCAUUUCUAUCAUUGCGAUAAUUCGGCACAUAUUUCUAAUGAAUGCAUUGAUCAUCGGAUACGUAAACUUGCUAGUGUAUAUCAUGCCAUUGGUGAACCAAUUGUUGAGGCUGCUAUAUCCACCACCUUAAGUAUGUUACCUGUAUUUCUGAUUUCCACCGAAUCAGUCGGAUCAUUUGCCAAAACGAUAGUGGUAGUAGUAUUAUUAGGUACUUAUCAUGGUAUGAUAAUAGUACCCGCAAUACUGUCAUUGCGCGGCAGUAAAACGGAUAGAAACAAAGGAAUCAUUUCGACAAUUAGUCAUAAUAUUAUCAGCAGUCUGGGUCCGAAAAUGCGGUUCUGA